UAGGGGGCUAGUUGGGCUGAAGGGUGAGGCGCCGAGUCCCUCCAGCACCUCCCAGGCCCAGACCGUGUGUUGUUGUUUGGCCGCCGCGCGGGGCAAGGACACCCUCUAAAACACCCCAGUAAAAGAAGAAGGCUGCACACUCUGUGUGACUGAAGCAACUCUAGCCACAAUGUCUGAUGGUGAAGAAUCCCCUGUUCCCCUGAGUGGAGGCAACAGUGGGGGUGGCGGUGGGAGUGGAGAGCGGCAGUGGUAUGCCCCCAUGGAGACGUCCACGGCUGAGAAUGACUCUCAGCCAGCCUCGCCGGGAAGCCCUGCGCCCACGAGCAACAUUCACACCAGCAAUGAAUACAUGGAGCUGGAUGAGCCAGAAAUGUUGGAUGAGAAGAAGGCACUGCUGGAAGAAUUUGAGAGAAAGCGACGAGCCAGGAUGAUACAUGUUACAACAGAUGACAGUGAGGUUAAACAACAGCUAAGGCAGUUAGGCGAGCCUAUCUGUUUGUUUGGCGAGGGCCCUGCUGAUCGAAGAAACAGGCUGAAGGAGUUACUGUCACGCCUAGGUGAGGAUGCCUUGAAGAAGACCGCACCUGGGCAGCAGGAGAGGGAGACAGCAGAGCAUGACCAACAACGUCCAGAAGAAACUUGGUAUCACGAGGGGCCACAAUCACUGAAGGAUUCACGAACGUUUCUCGUCAACUACUCCAUAUCCCGCGCCAGGGCCAGGCUCAAGAAGGAGCGCCUUGAAUACCAGGUUCCAGAAGCGACACGCACUGCCAAGAGACAAGAAGUUCAAAAUAAACUAAGGUCUUUUGGUCUCCUGGGAAGUCAGAAUGCUGACACGAGACCUAUCUCUUAUUGUAGCUUCAGUCCAAAUGGGAAACUCUUAGUGACGAGUUCCUGGAGUGGACUUGUCAAGGUAUGGCAAGUCCCACAGUGUAUCGAGGAGCGUACACUGAGUGGGCACAAUUGCUAUGUUGAUUGUGUUGAAUGGCAUCCGAGUGCAACAGUUUCCAUGGAACCAACUGCUCUGAAUUUAGUUUCGAGUGGACGUGAUGGAAGUGUUCAGUUGUGGAGCUUAAGUGGAGAGGAACCACUUGGUGAAUUGCCAUCUCUUGACUCACGGGUUUCACGAGUAGGUUUUCAUCCAAGUGGGAAGUUUCUCGGUUGUUGUGUCCAUGACAAUAGCUGGAGACUGUGGGACUUGGAGGUUCAAGAAGAGGUGUUAUUUCAAGAAGGCCAUUCUAAACCAGUUUAUUGCAUAGGAUUUCAGAAUGAUGGAUCAUUAGCAGCCACAGGUGGCAUGGAUUCCUAUGGUCGUGUUUGGGACCUGCGAACUGGACGAUGUGUAAUGUUUCUCUCGGGGCAUCAGAAUCCCGUCCUAGCCGUUGACUGGUCCCCAGAUGGUUACCAUGUAGUGACUGGAAGUGAGGACAAUUCUGCUAAGAUAUGGGAUGUGAGACAGCGCCGGUGCACAUACACUAUUCCUGCACACACUGGUAUUGUUACUGGUGUUAGGUAUGACUGCUCAGGGGGUCAGUAUAUUGUCACAUGCUCCUAUGAUGGCUCAGUCCGCCUGUGGUGUCAUGGCUCCUUCCAGGCGAUGCGUGCACUUGAAGGGCAUGGACAGAAGGUGAUGGGGGUCAGUAUUUCACCGGUUGAUGGCAUUAUUGCUACCUGUUCCUUUGAUCGCACUUUUAAGAUAUGGGGCCCUGAUUAAUUGUAUUUUAAUUUUGACAACACCUUAUAAUUAUAAUUGAUAAUCCUGCUUACUUUUAACAGAUGGUAAGCUGCAUUCAUGAUAAUUCUAAUGUACAGUUUUUUUGUGAAGUUGAAUGCAUGUUUUUAUUUUCUCAUGACAUUUUUAGCUGAUAUUCUUUCUACAUUUUUUUUUUUAGUGUUCAGGAAUGUUGGUGGUGUGGGAAAUUAUUUUUUCCCAAUCAUUCAUCAGUCUUUUUGUUGUAAGUUCAGGAAACAAGAACUAUAUAAUUAAGUUCAUUGUGUACUGUAUAAUGAUAACAUUGUUGUCAUUCCAGCUGUAAGAGGUGUUUGGUGGUUAGCCAUGUCAUGGCUUCUUAUUUUGUUAGUCAUUAAUAAGAAAAUCAUUCUAU